GUACAAGAUGUCCGAAAAGAAAAUAGUAAAAAUAAAUGAAGUCGAUCCUCUUCUGAAGCUAACUGAGAAACAAGUUGAGGAGCAGCUUGGCAAAUGUGAAAUUGGCAGUUCAGCCACUUCCUUGCGAGUAACGAAAGAUAAAAUUCAAGUAAUGGAGGAAAGUGUCGAGGCUGACCUCAGUGACUCAGAUACAGAGCCUGAGGACUAUAUUUUCCAAAUGAAAUAGACAAAAUGCCGGCAUGCUUAAUAAAAUGUCUCCUGAAGACCAAGCCCUUAACAAGCUGAGCAGUAUGCAAAAUAUUGUGAAUCGAAGAAAAAUUCAAAGAUUUAAGAAGGAAAAUGAUGACUUGAAGAGGCAUCUAGAGAGGUUAAGAAUGGCUCACAGGCAGAAUACUAAAAAUUUGCAAAGUCUUAGUCAAGCAGAGGCAUACCAAAAAGUCCAAGAGAAGUUAGAAGAGUCCACAGAGGUUUUUAACAAAGAGAUCUCUUUCUUACAAACCCAGUUUAAUAAAAUUCGUUAUGAAAUUAUUAAAAAGGAGCAUACUUUAGCAAAGUUCCUCCAAAUUGCUUAUGACCAGGAAAUGUACUUCAACGAGCUCAAGAGGAUAGUUCAGCGUAAACAAUUCAGUAAGGCUGAAGAGAUAUGCAGAAUGGCCAGUCCUAUCUCAGUUGGCUCCCUGAUGAACUUCGAGACAGUUGGAGAGUUCAAUCUUCAGAAUAAGCUCAUACGAGCACAAUAUGAUUUGCUCGGCACCCAAAAUAUUUCAGUGAUGCAUGAUAACACUAAGAACAAGAAGAGGAUCUUACAUCAAAUGAGCAAAUCUCCGAUGGUAAAUCUUGGAGAUGACCUUGACUCUCAGUAUAUGUCAAAACAAAUAAAGAGUCUUAGAAAAGGCAAAAAGGGAUUGAUGGAAGAGAUCGACAAGGUAGACCAGCUCAAGAAAGAAUUAAGUUACUCCAGAAUGGAAUAUGACACACUUCGUAGCAUGUACAUGGAAACUCUCCAAAAGUUAGACCAUAAGGAAGAGGAAGUUGAUAAAAUGAAGUCUGAUAUAGAACUAUACAAGAAAAAUCAGAAUUUAGAAUAUAUUCGAAUGAAAAAGAGGCAAGAGCAUGCCCAAGAACAAGCUACAAAGAAGGUGGAAGAUGUAAAGAAUAAGUAUAAAGGAUACGUUGAGAAUCUUAGAAAAGAGCUCAAGCUAUCUAAUAAGCUGAAUACCCGCUUAAAUGAGUAUAUCGAUAAGCUAAAGAAAGAGCUGGUAUUCGCCAAAAUUAUUAUGAAAGAUCCUAAAAUGUCCAUAAAGGCGAAUAAUAUAAUGAACUAUAGUUUAUAUAAAGUUGAUACAUCUGCUAGUACUUCUAGAUCUAUACGAUCAACAAAGAGACCCUCGUUAAAAUCAUCUUCUUCACGAAGAUUGACAUCUCAUACUCCUAAUGGCAGCUUUAGUUUCUGUCCUUCUAAAAAUGUGGAAAGCUACAUGAAGUCAAUGGGUACAAGUUCUCCUCCAAUAUCGUCAAAUGGAAAGCUGAAUAUUCAUAAUUUCUUAAAACUAAACUCCCCUGAGAGGUAAAUGGGAAUAAAUUUAAUAAAUUUUCUGC